GCCGCUCGAGCACCAACCACCAGUCUCUCUGUUUGUGGCCUUCCGGAGCGUACGUUGUUGGCACCUACUAGUACGCUAGCGGUAGUACAAUGGCGCGCAUCAGGGUCAUGCCGGCGCUCGCGCUGCUGGUGGUGGUGGCCGCCGCGUGCGCCGAGGCGUGGCGGCCGGACUACUACCACCCGCCGACGUUCACGGUGACGGGCAAAGUGCAGUGCCAGGACUGCACCAAGAACUGGAACGCCUACGCCUACAACGCCAGGCCCAUCCCCCGCAGCAAGGUGAGCAUCACGUGCCGUGACAAGAACAGCCGGGUGGUGUACCACGGGUCGGACGACACGGACGUGCAGGGCGUGUUCAACAUCGAGGUGCCCAAGACGGCGAACGUGGAGGCGUCACGGUGCCUCGUCCGCCUCGCCUCCUCGGGGGACGCGGCCUGCGCCGUAUUCACCGACUUCAACCGCGGCAGGACCGGGCAGGUGCCGUCUCGCCUCACGCGUGCCUCCCCAACCAAGGAGACCUACGCCGUCGGCCCGUACUACUGCACCCUACCGCAGUGCGACGUCGAGGCCAAGGACGACGACGACGCCUGCUACUGAUGAGGGACGAUCCCGGCCGCACUGGGGGCCGCUCCGUCGUCGGCGUCGCCCAUUUGUGCGAGCGUUUUGCGUUCACAGACAUUUUUUUCUUUUUUUUUUACUUUUUCCUCUCUUUUCUUGAGUUUUUAUUGUAAGUCUCUUUGGAAAGUGGAUCGCUGCGUUGAAAUUGCUGCUUUUGUUCAUUUGUGCAACGACGAUCAGCAUGUCGGCUCGUUGCUACUUUUGAUCCGAACGCGUGAUUUUUGUUAAUUAUUAAACUCUGUGAACCAUCAUCCUGUUACCCAGGCAAUGAAGUCCUACAUCAAUCGACA